CAGGGUUGUGCGCAUGCGCGUUAAUGUCGCCACUGUAGCUCAGUGUGUGAGUUACGCGGUCCGGUGUCGGCCUUCCCGUUUCCACACUCAGCCAAUACUUCAGAGUCUCACGGAGCUUUGUGUCCUGCAGCAUGUUCAGAUCCGCCCUCCGCCUUUCCUUCUCCGCUGCUCGGAGCGUAACACAGGCCCGGACACAGGCUAUAGCUCCUUUAGCUAGUCGCUGCUACUCCCAUGGCAAGCAAGAGACAGACGAGGAGUUUGAUGCCCGCUGGGUCACCUACUUCAACAAACCAGAUAUUGAUGCUUGGGAGCUCAGGAAGGGUAUGAAUACUUUGAUUGGGUAUGACCUGGUACCAGAGCCCAAAAUCUUGGACGCUGCUUUGAGAGCUUGUCGGCGAUUAAAUGACUUGGGCAGUGCCAUCCGUAUUCUUGAGGCAGUUAAGGACAAAGCAGGUCCUCACAAGGAGAUCUAUCCAUAUGUUAUCCAAGAGCUUCGUCCCACACUUAAUGAGCUGGGAAUUCCUACACCUGAGGAGCUUGGCAUUGACAAAGCAUAGAAAGUCAUGAGUCUUCCGAGGGACCGUUGCCAUGACUGGGAAUGAGUGGAUCUCCUGUACUUGAAGUCUUUGCCAUGUCAUGAUAUUUGUGUAAUAUUUAAUUGGCCUGUACAAUGUUCUUUUGCUUGUAAAAUAGUGGUGGACCUAAUAAAGGGUGAGAUAUAUAUUUA